AGAGUCGGACUCGGACACCAGUGUGCGUUGGCUGUACGGGUGUGAGUGUGUGUGUGCGUGUGUAAGUAAACGAGUGGGUAUACCCCUCGUGUGCUGGACUGCCCGCGCGGCCCUGGGAUGUUACAGCAGGCACACCUUUACCCGAGACGGACAGGCGCGCGGUUCCCCCUUGCACGAUGUUGGCGACUGUGGUGUUAGUGGUGAUGAUAGUGGCCCAUGGUGUUGUUGGAGUGGAUGCAGGAAAGAUGGACCAAUUCAUCCACGUGCUAAGCUCUAUCAAGGCAGACGAGAUCAAGAACAAUGCAACACUGCAAGUGCCUCGCCAGAAGUUUGGUUUUCUUCUGUGCAACGCGUCCUCGGUCACAACUGAUGACUCCACGCAUUACUGGGACUAUUAUGUAGAGUGGGAGAUGCCUACAACAGCUGAGAACGACAAUGCAAUAUUCCAGAUGGGUAAUGAGUAUCAGAUGCCCCAUUCCUACAUUGUCUUCCAGGAUUUCAAGCCAAAUUUUACUGGAAAAUACAUUUGCCGCCUCCACUUCCGCAGCAAUCUGGUUGGAGUACACACUGUCUACCUCGCCCUUCCUGAUUCUCCAAGUCUUGCAUGAACCACUGAUCUCUGACAUAAAAGGAGAGGUAGAAGAGCUGAUCUUUACUCUGCUCUCAGAGUUAAUAUACCUAAGACCUGUUCUAUGGAAAACCUGCUAUAUAUAUUUUAGAUAGCAGCCUUUCAAUUACACUUGUAAGUUGAGUACUUAACUAUUUAUUUUGUAAAAAUAAAAUGAUGAUUAGUAA